CCAGCACCAACCACAACUGAAGUGCCAAACACAACCCCAUGGUGGUGGCUUCAUCGUGCAACUUCAGCAACAACCACGACUGAAGCGCCAACCCCAACCACAUGGUCUUGGCAUCAUCAUACUACUACCACACCGACCCCACGUCUGACAUCAGCCUCACUCCCACCCACCAAGACCAAACCGCGGCUGCACACAUAUCCAACCACCAAAGACAACCGACCCAUGCAUGGCACCACGCCUCCUCUCAGUAAACUGCCUUUGCAAUUCUCCUUUCUUGUGGACCCACCUGCUCCCUCGUGUGUUGAUGGACUCUACUUGCCAAAGUUUGUGCACCCAACACCUGAAAAUGGACAACACAUCAAUGCCGAGGUCAACAAAGAAGUGGAGAUCAGAGUUCGAGCACAAGCUUCACAUGCAACACUACAUGAUAUCAUCAUCAGUGGGCCACUGAAUAUCACCAAGCACAGAAGCACACAUGGAGACUUUGUCAUUAGGUGGACGCCUGGCCCUGAUGAUGUGGGAGAUCAUUACCCAAUCUGCUUUGCUGUUGAAUCAGUAAUCGAUCUCGCCUCUACCCUCCCCCCUCCAGCCAAGGACCAUGUCCACGUCCCCGAAUCUCCACAGUCCGGCAUCUAUCAGUCCGAGAUGAGGUGCGUUCUGGUGAACAUCGGUCAAAGACUAAUUGAAUCCCAUGUGACCUGCCAUGAGUCCUCAAUGACAGUAGAGGUUACCAGAUCUUCUCUCCCUGGACUUCAUGAGGAUCAUUUACGCCUCAAUGACCCCAGCAACACGGCCUGCAACCUGCAGACGAAGUCCAACAGCUCGCACAUCAUUGCGGUCGUACCCCUCAACGCCUGCGGCACUCAGAUCGAGGAAGAUGAAGAAAACCUGGUUUUCAAAAAUGAAAUCACCACGGUGGACAACAUACACGACCUGAUCACCAGGAACCACCUGCUGGAGGUCCAGUUCUACUGCCAGUACCCCAAACGUGGGAACGUGACGCAGGGCUUCACAGCACACAGGAGGAAUGUGGUGGUGUGGGAUAAAGGCUUCGGAAAGUUCACCUAUGAGUUUGAGUUCUACCCAAACAGCCAAUAUGGAAAAAUGGUUGAUCCAGGGCUGUACCCUCUGGAGUACGAUGUAACGGAAAGGAUCUACAUGCAGAUAGAGGCCAAAUCUACCGUCAACAACACCCAGCUGUUUGUGGAGUCCUGCAGCGCCGCGCCAUAUGACACCCCCAACUACUGGCCAACAUACUCCAUCAUCGAGAAUGGGUGUACUGUUGAUCAGACAGUUCAAGUGCAUCCGAAGGCCAACCCCAGAGAGUUCAGGUUCAGCAUGGAGGCCUUCCAGUUCAUCGGCUUGCACGACCAGGUGUACAUCAGCUGUUCAGUGCUGAUGUGUGAGGCAGGGAGCAGCGGCACCAGGUGCUCACAGGGGUGCAUCAACUCCCCCCUUACUGGGCAUCAUCAUCACCGCAAGAGAGAGGCCAUCACUCAGAGCGCCAGGCACUUCAUUUCCCAGGGUCCUCUGCGUUUGAAGAGAUCAGCGGAGAGCACCGGGAGCCCAGGGACCCCCAUGAAUCUGAACCUGGUGUUCAUCGUUGGAUGUCUUCUUGCAGCCGUUGGCAUGAUCAGUGCAGUGGCCCUGUACAAAGUCAGAGCAUCAAAGAUCAAAUACCAACCGUUGGCCUCUUUUGAAAACUAAAAAAAACGGCUAGUUGAGAAUAUCCAUUUAUUUUUCCUGCCUUAUGGGUUAGAAGUGGUUUUAAUUGUGGUAUUAACCACUGUGUAAUCCCAUAUAGAUUUACAAGUGAUUGUUCUUUCAUGUACUGCAUUAUGAUUUAAAACUUGAUUGAAAUGUGUGCCGCCCAAUCAUAAUAAUGCUAAAUGUAAUUAUUACAUUUUCAGCCUUAACCUCAAGUCAUUUAUGCUUAAUGUCUCAAUAAAAAUAUAUUCUCUUAAAUCUU